UCGAGUGCGGUUCGAAGACGGGUACGCCAAGCUGUGGAUGCCAACGUACUGACAUAUAGAACUACAAACGGACAAUACCAAGGCGAUUGUGGAGGUUUGCUCAAUUCAGACAACUGGUUACGUCUUGGUAGACCGCCAACUCUCCGAAAUCGUCCUGUUCCUAAGAAUCGAACCAGUCACGAUAAACAGGAUUACGGAGACGAGGCAGGUGUCAGAUCUGUGAUACAACCAAAUAUCUAUACGGAGUACGGUCUAACACAGCGGGAUUUGCUCAUGCUACGCGGAAAAGAUGAGAUAAAACGUAUUAUUGACAGUUGUGGUCUGUCCGGUUACUUUAACAACACAAUCUCAUUUGACGAUGUAUGGAGCAAGGCUGGGGAAAUGGACAAGCAACUUUUGCACGAUCUUGCCCCAAAAGACGCAGAUCGUGUCAGUCUGUACGCAUUCAAAGAAGUCCUAUUCGGAAAACGUGCGGACGAGAUACGGGAACAGGUGGAUCGGGAAUUCACUAGUAUGUGCUGCUGA